AUGCACCCCUCAAGUGCCUCCCCAGAGGAGCUGUACCUCAAAUACUGGUCUUCACAAGCACAGCUCUUUUCAAGAAAAGCCAAAAAGAACAGAACUUUUGAUUUUCCAGUGAAGUGCCUCAACGGAGGCACAUGGAACGGGAAGGCCUGUGACUGUCUCCCUGGCUUUAGAGGAGAUACGUGCCAGUCUGAGACAGUGGUCUGCCAGAAUGGAGGCUCCUGGGAUGGAAUCAAGUGUGUGUGCACCAGCCUGUACCAGGGGCAGAGGUGUGAGGAGGUGGUCUCGAGCAUCGAGAUAAAACCUCCGGAGACUGUCUCUGCGGAGAUGAAACUGAGUGUAACAGUGACCAGUGUGAAUUAUACCGACAAGCUACAAGACCGGUCUUCUCUGGAGUUCCAGAAUUUCAGUAAAUUAUUCACAAAUCAGAUGGACUUCAUUUAUGCUGAAAUCCCUGAGUAUGAAGGGAUUAACAUCACAGAAUUGAUUCGUGGCAGUGUGGUGGUGAAGCAUGACGUCCUCCUGAAGACCAAUUUCACCCUGGAAUACGAGGAAGUUUUAAAGAAUGCCACCGAGAAGAUAGAACAAAAAAUUAACUAUAUAACCAACGAACAAGUAAUGGUGGAUAAUAACUGCACAAGCAUGCUGUGCUUCAAAGAGAACGCCACCAAGGUGCAAAGCAUUUCAAUUACCCAAUACAGCCCUGAAGAGGAAUGCCGGGAGAAAGCUGGGAAAAACUUUGCUGACUACUUCUUCGUGGUGUAUGAGGACCAGAAACCAAAGUGCAUUAGCCGCUGUGAACCUGGCUUCAAUACCUCCCUGAACUGCAACUAUGGGAAGUGCAUGCUGGAGCGCAGUGGCCCGCGUUGCUACUGCCUGACCACGGACACUGACUGGUACAGGGGGGAAACCUGCGAGUUUAGCACCAAGAAGAGCCUGGUGUACGGGCUCCUGGGGGCAGCGGGUGCAGUGAUACUGAUUGUCCUUGUCAUCAUCCUGGUGUUCGUGUUCCGCUUCAGGAGAGAGGUGAAAAGGCAGAAAUCCAAAGUGACUCAGUUGAACAAGUGGCAUGGAGAGGAUGGUGAAAAAGACCAUGGGACCUUCCAAAACAUGGGCUUUGACACCUGCGAAGAACAAGAGAACUCCAUUGACCUGGACUCCAUUUAUAGUAACUUCCAGCCCACCUUGGACCACAUAGACUCUAACAAAAAGAUAAAAUUUCAGAGGCCUCAGGUGAUGUUAACAUCACUUUAAGCCACAGACAACUUCACAUGGAGCUGUGGGGUCUGGAAGUGAGGAGACCUCUGUUCAGCUAAGUUUGAUGGAACUUUUUCACAUUGAGAGCAUUCUACAGAAACAUAACAAGAAAUAAAGGGGAAGAGGAGAGAAACCACAGUUCUGAGAUGGAAAAAAGAAACUCCAACCUUUUGCAACAGCACGGAUGGAGCCGGAGAAUAUUAUGUUAAGUGAAAUAAGCCAGGUGACAAAAGACAAAUACCAUAUGAUCUCACCUAUAAGAGGAAACUAAUAAGCAAACAAACAAAUGAGCAAAAUAGAACCACAGGCAUGGAAACAAAGAACAGACUGACAGUGAUCAGAAGAUUCACUGACAGUGAAUACGGGUGGAAAGAAGGGGCAAUGACUAGUCAAGGAACAUGUAUGAAUGACCUAUGG